AUGGAAAAUACAGCACAGAUUUCUCAGAACCGUCCAAACGUGGUUUCACGAAACCCUAUUCGAUUCGUAUCAUACAACGAAGGCCGGAGUGGUGCUUCUGUUGUUGCCAUUGCUCCUUCUGCUUCUGCGAGUGACGACAACAACAACAAUUAUAAUACUGGCAGUUGCAAUUACCAUUACCUAAGUGAUGAUUUAUUCCCUCGCCGUGAGCGUCGUGUGUUGGUGUUGUACGUUGGUGGUACCAUUGGAAUGACCCGCAGUGCGAGUGGGGCCCUCUCUCCACGUAAAGGUUAUCUCACACAAGUUGUGCGAAAUAUGGGAGAAUUACAACAACGCCCUGAAGUUGCCCCAUUUGAUGUGGUGGAGUAUGAUGUACUUCUUGAUAGUAGUAAUAUGGAUGGACGAGAUUAUGUUCGCAUUGCCGCCGAUGUUGAACGUCAUUAUGAUGCCUAUGAUGGAUUUCUCGUCUUGCAUGGAACCGACACAAUGCAUUACACCGCCACGGCAUUAAGUUUUUUACUCCACAAUCUUGCAAAACCGGUUAUUCUUACAGGAUCGAUGGUACCAUUGGUGGAACCCUACAGUGAUGCCCGGCGUAAUCUUGUGAUUAGCCUCAUGUUGGCAUCCAAUCCCGCCAUACGUGAGGUGUGUGUCUUCUUUAAUGAUUGUUUACUGCGUGGUAAUUGUUGUUUUAAACUUCAUCACACCUUUGGGGCCUUCUGCAGUCCAAAUUAUCCCGCACUCGGUGUUAUUGAGGCAACGGGAUUUCAAUUACGGCAACACUUGUUGUUGCCCCAACCGGCCGGACCUCUUAGUGUGGAGUCCGAUAUGAGUGGACGUGUGGCCUUGUUUGUAUUGCACCCCGACUGUGAUGUGAGUGUAUUAACGCAGUUACUCUUAACAGACAGAGGCACACCGGUGAGAAAGACAAAGGAAAAGGAUAGUAUUAGAAGCGAAAAAGAAAAGGAAGAAAAGACGUCAGAAACGAAUACGGUCAGCAUAGAUAAUGCGACUGCAGCAACAACAUCAGCAACACACCAUCGUAGGCCAUUGCUGGAUGCUGUGGUGCUAGAGAUCAGCGGUGUGGGUUCAUUAAAGAGUAAGUACUCUAUACUUCUUCACCAACUUGCAGAGGUGGCAAAUAAACGUGAUAUUGUUACUUGUGUAACAGUGCGGGAACCAUGUGGAAGUCUUUCCGCAGCGGAACAACUUCGAUUACGAACAGUAUCACCUCAUCUUAUUUACUUGCGAAUGACAAGUACGGCAGCGGAAGUAAAGCUAAUGUAUCUCUUUGGAAAGGGUCUUUCACCAGCAGAGGUGCGUAAAGAAAUGCCGCGCAAUCUUCGUGGUGAAGUUACACCAGGAUCAUCAUGUGAGGCCAAUCUGUAA